AUGGUGUCGCCCGUGUGCGUGGAGGAGCUGCUCCGCGCGCUGCCGGGCGACGCGCUCGCAAGGCUGUUUGAGGGGUACGCGCGCGGAAACUUCCGCGUCGACGGUGUCUGUCACCUGGUGCUUCACGGCCCGCCAGAGCUGCGGGUCCGCGCCCUCUUGCCGAGGGUCCUGCCCGUCCUGGUCUCGGCCCAGAGCAUGCGGACGGUCGAAGACCUGUGCACGCUGCUGGAGGAGCCUGCCCAGUCACUGUUCGCGCCCCAGCUGCCGUACAUCCUGAGCGCAGCGGCGCGGCAGCCCGAAGAGAGCAUGGACCGGGCGCUCGCGUUCGUCUCGGAGCGCGUGUACGGCCGCCAGGUGUCCGUCGCCGGCAUCUGCGACGCGUCCCUGGGGCAGGCCUUGGUGCUCAUCCUCUGGGACAGCGUGUCGCCGCGGGGGCACGAGGUACUCACAGGGAACAGGCGGUCCCCCAAGUGGGAGGAGUACAGCCCGCUGCUCCGCGGCUCCCGUGGCGAUGAGGGAUGCCCCCUGGACCACGCCCGGCUGCUCGCGGCCAUCGCGCUGCUGUUCGAGCUAGUGCCCCAGAGCCUGUACCGCUUCGCUCCCAAGGUCCUGGAGUUCCUCCACUCCGCCUCGGAGGUCUCCGGCUUCCACCCCGGCAGCGUCCGGUGUUGGCAGCUGUUCGUGCAGCACGUGGGCGUCGCGCGCCUCCGCCCGCUGCUGCCCGCGGUCGUCACCGAGCUGCUACGCCUGGCCACCCAGCUGCGCCUGCGUGCCCGCGAGGGCGACGACCGGCCCUGCGAGGUCCUCUUGGGCAGCGUGGUCGGCCAGGCGUGCCAGCAGCACGCCGACCUCGUGGCGAAGUUGCCGCCCCUGCCGCCCUGGCCAGAGCUCUCCGCCGCUCGGGCCGCCGUGGGCAGCGCGUGGCCGCCGACCCAGAGGCGCGGCCAGACGCCCGAAGCCUUCGGCAGGCAGCUGGAGGCCGGCGUGGAGCAGCUGGAGGGCGCUGCGCAGCAGGCCGUACGGCGGGCCGCUCUGGAGCACGUCACCGCUCUGGUGGAGUCGCAGCGGUGCCCUUCGUCGCCAACGAGGGUCACCCAGCUCGGCGCCGCGCUGCUGUGCAGGCUGAUGCGCGCCCUGCUGUCGUUCCUCUGGGAGUCCUCCGCCUGGCCCGACGACCAGCUCAUGUGCGGGCGGCUCCUCGGGGCCCUCGGCGCCAUCGACCCCGCCCGGCUCCCCCAGCUGGACCUCGGCAGCACGCAGCUGGCCCGGACGCCCGCGGACCUGGGCAACGCGGAGCUGCUGGCCAAGCGGGUGCUCACGGACUUCCUGGUGCCCAGCCUCACGAGCAAGAACUCGUACGCCUUCGCGGCCCAGGAAAUCCUCAAGUACCUGCAGGCUCGCGGGCGCGACGCGGCGAUGCUGGCCCACCUGAGCGAGGACGUGCGCGAGACCCUGCGGCCGUACACGAGCAGCUCUUACCAGCUCGUUGAGCCGGCGGAGGUGCUCGAGGACACCCACACGUUUGAUGGCGUGGUGGCGCACGCCGUCGGGCUCACCCACGGUGAGCACCGUGCCCUCUUCCUCGCCUGCCUGCCUGCUGCCCACGGCAACCACGCCCUGUCGCUGUUCCUAAUGCACCACGUGCUCCACAACCUCCUGGUGAAGGAUUCGAGGGCUCCGACGGAGAAGCUCCAAGCGCUCGGGCUAGCUCUUGCUGGCUUGUUAGACUCGCAGAACGACGCCACCGCGCAGGCCGUGUUCUCGCUCGUGGACGACCUGAUAGAGAGGCGCGAGCAGCUGUUCCUCAGCGCAGGCCAUGACCGAGCCCAGCCCGCCGACACGGCGGCCCGAGAGCGGGUGCUGCUGAGGGUCCAGGCCCUCCAGUCCCCGAUCACCCACCGCCACAUCGUCUCCGCGUCGGUGCGCUGCGGCGCGCACGCGCGGGCGCUGCGCUCCCUGGAGCAGGCGCUCAUCGAGGAGCACCAGGGCCCCGGGACCGUGUUCGACGCCGCCAGCAUAGAGAGCGAGGAGGACUGCCUCCUGGUGCACUCGAUCUACCGCGACCUGGACGAGCUCGACAGCGCGCUCGGUGCGCUUCGGGCCGGGCCGGCCACGGCCAAGACGCGCACGCUGCGCUUCGAGUUGGAGGGGCGCUGGCAGGACGCACAGUCGCUCUACGAGGUCCAGCUGGCGUCCGCCGCGCGGGAGGGCGAGGCACGCCGCGAGCUGCUCUGCCGGCUGGCGCACUGCCCGCACAAUAUGCGCCGGUUCGAGUCCUCGCUGCGCCUCGUGGAGGGCAUGGAGGUGGAGGACGUGCAGGCGAAGCUGCGGCCGCUGGCGGUCGAGGCCGCCUGGCAGCUGGGCAGCUGGGACAGGCUGGAGCAGGCGCUCGCGCGGCCGGCCGCGCGCGAGGCCGACGACUUCCAGGUCCGCCUCGGCCAGGCCCUGCUCGAGUUCCACCGCGGCGAUUCCGCCAGGCUCGAGGGCGCGCUGAGGGACGCCACCCUCAGCGUGACGCAGACCGUGGCCUCCGCCGCCCGGGAGUCGUACACCCGCGCCUACCAGCACCUGCUCAAGCUGCACGUGGUUUCCGACCUUUCCUGGCUGGCCGCGAGGCGCACCGACGCCGGAUCCGCGCCGCCAGCACCGGGGGAGCUGGCAGCCUGGCUGAUGGAGAGGGCCGAGGUGGUGGCGCCCACGCUCUCGGCGAGGCAGCUGGUGCUGAGCCCGCUGCGGACGGCGCUGGAGGACAUGGGCCUGGCGGACGAUUGCAAGCGCGUGGAGCUGGCCGUUGCGCGGCUCUGCCGGAAGCACGGAGCGCCGGUCGCGAUGGAGCACCCGGCUGUGAGCUUCGGCGGCCUGGGCGUGCGCGCCGAGACGCUGGCGCGCGCGCAGCUCGAGUGGGGCAAGCUGCUCUACGCGGGUGGUUCGCACCACGACGCGCUGCGGCACAUGCAGCAGCUGGCGCCGCGGAGCCCGAAGGCGAGGCUGCUGGGCGCGCGGUGGGCCACCGAGCCCGCGUCCGAGCUGCUGAUUCCCCGUGUGGCCGAGGCAGAGUUCAAGGCGGCCAAGGAGGGCCUCCCCGCCGACGAAGCCGCCUGUUUCUACCACGCGGCCUACCUGGACCGGCUGUUGAAGGAGCAGCUCGCGCGGAGGGGCCUGGCCUCUGCCCCAGGGCCGCAGGCCGAGAGGAGCCCCUUCGACGUGAGGAACCUGGUCACCUUCACGCUGCGCGGCUACCUCGACGCACUGCGGAGGGGCACCAACGGCUCCACUUCAUCCUCAACAGGGUCCUCCAGCUGGCGUGGGACUGCUGCGAGCUGGACGUGCACAAGGCCGCUGCCCUGUCGGAGAUAG